UCAGGUUCAUCAGGUAGGCUGGACAGAUUUAUUGUAGUUUUAAGUAUUUUAUCUAGCAGGUUAAACUAGAUUUUCAAGAGAGAGAUUGUGCCUGUUAUGAGCUAAGAGUGUUUUGUGAGGGCAGAUAUCCUGUCCACAUCUUUAAAGUAGUGUACUGAAGCGUGAGUAUUGAUUAGAUGAAGCUUUAGAUGAAGACAGAGAGGAUAGAAGCUAUUUUGUGAGCUCCAAGCUGAACCUCUGUGGUCAUGACCAUCCAGCUUCCAGAGGCAGCCUUCUGUGACCUGAACACAGGAGCUCUACCGGUGGUCCAGCUCUACGUGAUGCCGUCCUUCUUCCUGGCAGUGCUGAUCCUCGGGCUUCCCCUCAACCUGCUCUCCCUCUGGGUUUUCUUCCACCGCCUGCGGCGCUGGACCCGCAGCACGGUGUUCCUCUUCAACCUGACCCUGGCUGACACCUCGUGGCUGCUGGCCCUGCCUUACCUCAUCAACUACCACCUGGACGAUCUGUACUGGAAGCUGGGGCUGCCGCUCUGCAUGGGCGUGAGGAUGUUCUACCACAACUACUUCUACCUCAGCAUCUUCUUCGUCACCUGCAUCAGUGUGGACAGAUACCUGGCCAUCGUGCACCCGCUGCGCUCUCUGGUGCUGCUGGGCCGGAGGCAGACCUGCCUGCUGUGUGUGGUGGUCUGGGUGGGCACCCUGCUCCUCAGCAUACCUGUUGCCGGUAUGACUGUAAUCCAGACCUGCCCCAAGAGCAACCGCACCGUCUGUACCCUGUAUAUACUGCUGAGUGAGACCGGUGAGAGCCUCCCUUUUUCCCUCGUCUGCUCCGCCAUCGGCUUCCUCUUCCCGCUGUUCUCUAUCUGCUACUGCGGCCUGCGCAGCGUCAGAGAGCUGCGCCUCCGGCCGCGCCUCGCCGACCCGCACAACCAGCAGCGGCGGCUCCGGCGGGUGCUGUGCGCAGCCCUAGUUUUCUUCGCCUUGUUCUACCUGCCCUACCACCUGAGCCGCAACGCUGCCAUCGUGAUGCGGGUGGUGUACCCUGACAGCCCCGCCUCCUGGCGGCACGCAGACCUGGCCUUCUCCCUGGAGAUGUGCCUGUGCAGCCUCAUCACCUGCAUCAACCCAAUGUUCAGCUGCUUCAUGGGCCGCCAGUUCAGGAGGGAGUUUCACGGCACUUUUGCUGCCAUGUUUUCCCUGUGUCCUGGCACUCGGCUGGCCUCAGUGAUAUCUAAGAGGACCCGGAUGACGGUGAAGAGGCGGCAGGGCCUGUCUACUGUCACACCUGUGUGCGCACUGCCUGUACCUGGACCCCAAUGAGCUGUAGAGAUGUACAUCAAUACUGCUGUGUCUAAUAUUCAUAAAACUGUAUAGAAACGAUUUUAAUGUCAUUUGUUUAAUUUUAUUUGAUUGGUGGA